AUGCCUCGAUUCAUUCGUCUUCCUAUAGACUGGUCUACACACAAUAAAGUUGAUGUCCCGUCUUUGAAACAAAAUAUUCACAGCAAACACGAAGCACCGGAAGAUUGCGCCUGCGAUUUCUGCAACAGCGAUGAGAAUUAUCACGUCGGAUGGAGAAGUCAAAUCGGCAAUACCAACCCUGAUGAAGCCACUCGAGAGUGCUUCAUUCCAACAUCCCCAUUCCCUGGACCAGUCUUGAACAAGGAAUGGCACACCAAAUCCAAUAAGAUCUUGAGUCUUUCCAUCAAUUAUUCGGGAGAUAAACAGACAGAUAUGUCUAUCAUUAUUCGCCAGCUCCAGAGCCCAACAUAUACUUCGUGGACUGGCAUUCUCGAACUCAUCAUCUACCCUGGAGUUUCUCGCAAAGACGCACCUCGGGCUUACAUCAAUCACGUCCAAGAAAUAAAAGACCUGGUUCAACAAAUCAAUACUUCUCUCACUCAAGUUCAACAAAUCCGCUGUCAAUUUGUCAUCGACCACUUUAGUUUUUCGCAGUUGAGAUUAGCGGCUGGAUUUAUCAAUCUCGAUAAUGGUAAUUGGACUUUGGCGUAUAUCGAAAGGAGCGAUAGGACUAAGAUUAAUGAGAUUCAUAAGAGGGAUUCGGUUUUCAAGAGAAUCGAAAGUGUCUAUAGGGAGGAUUUCGCAAACUAG